AUGCCAAAAAAUGGGAAGAAGAUUUUUGGAUUUUGCUCAAAGGUGUUAUCGCCUUUGGUCUCUCCUAGUUACUCCAACAAUUCUUCUUCAACCUCGGAAGUUGCUUCCGAAUCGAUGAUUGAUCGGACUUUGCAAUCCGCUGCAGAAAUUAUCAACAAAUGGAGCACGGAAUCCUUGGCCUAUACCGAAGUGUCCUCCAUGUUUCACCAUAGCAAACAAGAGGCCUUGCGAUUCAUCCGAUGUGUCAACGAACUCCAAAAGGUUAUGUAUCUCUUGACCUCUAAGAAACUUGUGUUUUCUCAUAGAUUGAUGCAGAUUGCGAUGAAGAGACUUCAGAUUGAGUUCUAUCGGAUUCUUUCCGUGAAACGCGAACCGUUCGAUGUAGAAUCGAGUCCAGUCCGAGUUCGUACAGCAGAGGAUUGUGAUGUGAGGAAAAUUUCAUCCGUCGCCAUGGCGGAUCUGAGAGCGAUAGCUGAUUGUAUGAUCUCCACUGGUUAUACGAAAGAAUGUGUUGAAAUUUACGGAACUGUUCGCAAAUCUGUUGUCGACGAAGGAAUGUAUCGUCUCGGCAUCGCGAAGUUUUCAUCGCAAAUUAUCCGUAAGAUGAAUUCUGAAGCCGUUGAUUUGAGAAUCACGAAGUGGUUGGAAGGUGCGAUUACUGCAAUAACAACGAUUUUCAAUGCGGAGCGAGAUUUAUGCGAUUACGUUUUCGCGAGUUCCGAAUCCGUUAGGGAAUCUUGUUUCACCAAAACGUGCAAAGACGGUGCUAUGAUUCUGUUUGCAUUUCCAGAAGUUAUCGUGAAGAAUCAGAAAUCGCAGAAGAACUUGUUCUACUCACUCGAUAUGUUCACUGUCAUAUUCGAGAACUGGUCAAGAAUUGAAUCGAUCUUCUCAUUUGAAUCCACUGAAGUAAUUCAAUCACAAGCCAUCGCCUCGCUCAGCGUUCUAUCGGAAUCAAUCUCCGCAGUGCUCUCAGAUUACGAAUCCUCCAUUCAAAACGACUCCUCGAGUUCACUCUCCGUCGAUGGCGGAAUACACUCGUUAUCUCUCCAGUCCAUGGACUGCCUCUCUCACCUCGCCGAGUACCGAGAAAUCCUCUACAUAAUCUUCUCCCGGUGGCCGCCGCCAAAGAAAUCAACUCUUCCGUCCGAUUCUAAUUCCAGUUCUUUAGAUUCCGACGAUUCUCCAAUUUCAUCAGUUUCUUCAUACAUGGCGCGGAUAAUCUUCAUCCUCCUCUGCAAGCUCGACAGUAAAGCAAGGCAAUGCGACGACAUUUCACUCUCAUACCUUUUCUUAGCCAACAAUGUCCGAUUCGUCAUCUGGCAGGUCCAAAGCUCCAACCUCCACUAUCUUCUCGGAGAGGAAUGGAUCGAACUGCACAAAGGAAAAGUAAAACAGUACAUCGACAGUUACGAGCGAUUGGCAUGGGGAAAAGUAAUCUCGACGCUGCCGGAAAAUCCGACGGCUGCUCUUACGACGGCGGAAGUGGCGGAGGUUUACGAUAACUUCAAUUCGAGUUUCAAAGAAGCGUACCGGAAACAGAGAUCUUGCAUCGUACCGGACCCGAAACUCCGAUUCGAAAUAUUGUCGAUAGCGAAAAGCUGGUUGCCGGUGUACCGGGAAUUUUACAACACGCACAGAUUUCCGGUGGGGGAAGAGGUAAUUGCAAGAUUGACCCCUGAAGAUGUAGAAAAUUACUUAUCUUACCUAUUUUUUCCACAGGUUGAAUCACAUUCAUUACCCAACUAA